UUUAGUUUUUAAGAACACAAACCUAUGAACCGUAAAUAGUUGGGGAGGUAAAUAUUUUGUAAACCUGACAUCUGCUACAUAUUCAUGGGGAAUGGGCUAUAGUGCAAUUAUUUCUUCCUUAAAUUUGUUCGUGCAGUUUUGUAUCUUCAAUUUAUUUAUGACCAUACUUUAAUAUGUAUAUAGUAGGAUGGCUAUGCACUCCUAGUUGUAUGCACUCCCACUCACCAUAUUUUUGUGUAUGGCCAGGGUGAUGGGUGGAAGAAGAUUGGGUCUUCCCUUCCAUACAUUCCAAUUCUAAACCCACAUGCUAAGGCUGUUCGUCGAUGGAACCAGUUUUUUGUAAUAUCAUGCUUGGUUGCCAUUUUCAUUGACCCUCUGUUUUUCUUCCUACCUUUCAUGGACAAGGAUAACAAAUGCAUAGUGUUCAGUCGGUAUUCGAAAGCAUUAAUUGUUGCAAGAACUGUGACUGAUGUCAUUUAUGCUCUUCACAUGCUUCUUCAGUUUAGGAUGGCCUAUGUGGAUCCAGAGUCAAGAAUAGCGGGAGCAGGAGAUUUAGUUGACGAGCCUAAGAAAAUCGCUAUGCGCUAUCUUCGUGGUGCUUUCAUAGCCGACCUAUCUGUUAUGCUUCCAGUUCCUCAGAGUGUUAAUUAUUGUCUACAGAAUUCUUGUUCUGCACUUAAUAUAACAUCAUGUGCUCAGUUUAUAGACUGUGGGUAUGGCAUUGGUGGGCUGGACAGAGUAAAGAGGCAGCGGUGGUUCAACGAUUCGAUGUCGCGAAGCUGUUUUGAUACUGCAAAUGGUUUUUUCAAAUAUGGAAUCUAUGAACAAUCUGUGUUGCUAACCACAGAACCUGCUAUUAACCGCUACACAUAUUCGUUAUUUUGGGGGUUUCAGCAAAUAAGUACUUUGGCGGGUAAUCUGGUGCCAACCUAUAAUGUAUGGGAAGUUCUAUUCACAAAGGGUAUCAUUGCCUUGGGGCUGUUCCUUUUUGCGUUACUUGUCGGUAACAUGCAGAUUUUCCUUCAAUCACUUGGAAAAAGGAGAUUGGAAAUGCAACUGAGGAGACAUGAUAUUGAACAAUGCAUGAGCCACAGGCAACUCCCAGAAGAUCUGAGAAGGAGGGUUAGACAUGCAGAAAGGUUUAGUUGGGUGGCUAUGAGAGGAGUGAAUGAAGAAGAGCUUUUGGGCAGCUUACCAGAAGAUAUCCAGAGAGAUAUACGCCACCAUUUUCACAGAUUUCUUAAUAAGAUUCGAUUAUUCGCUUUGAAGGAUUGUGGACUUUGCGACGCUGUCUGUGACAAGUUGAAGCAUAAGUUAUAUGUUAGGGGAAGUGACAUUCUUUCUCAGGAUCAGCUUGUUGAAAAAAUCAUCUUUGUAGUGCGGGGUAAACUAGGCAUCAGAGCAGAUGGAAGCAAGUCUCCAUUACAUGAAGGAGCUGUGUGUGGGGAAGAGCUGCUUAUGUGGUGGUUGGAGCAGCAAGCUUCAGAUGGGGAGAGGAUGAAGCUGCACUGGAAGGCAAUAUGUACGAUCAGAUGCCUAACAAAUGUUGAAGCUGUUGUGCUGCAGUUCACCGAUUUGGAAAGAAUCACUCUGGAGUUUUCAACACUAUUGCAAAAUCCACGUUAUCGCGGCGAUCAGGUAUGACUCACCGUCCUGGAGGACCGCUGCAGCAAUCCAUAUCCAGGUCGUGUGGAGGCACCGUCAGAGGCGACUGAAGGGAGCUGCACUGUUGCAAGGUUAGUGAUACUAGAUUCAGCAUAAUUGAUGUCAUUGGUGGCUAUGUGGAUAUGCUAGAGCUUGAGCUACUGGGAACCAAAUAAACAAUGUAACAACACAAAUCAUAGUUUUAGCUAGUUUGUAGGGCACGGCCGUAUGCUAAUGGAGGUUAGAUUCGAAAGGAGAACUGGCAUGGUCAUGCUGCAUUCACUUGUUCCUUAUUGGUGGGGAUCAUGUAGCUUCAGAACCCAGAAGAGCGUUCUGUGUUUUCUACUUAAGAGUGCACG